CCGGAGUCAAUAAACGAGCGCACAACCGGAACUGAUACCUCUCACGCUAACACUGGUUAGCAGUUACGCGGCUUUUUGACCGUUUGCAUCAUAAUGUCUGUUAAAUUAAACGCUUUACACAGCGAUUCUUACAUUGAAGUUAGUCAGUAUAGGGACCAACAUUUUAAGGGGAACCGUUAUGAACAGGAGAAGCUGCUGAAACAGAGCAACACUUUGUAUGUGGGGAAUCUGUCCUUCUACACCACUGAGGAGCAGGUUCAUGAGUUGUUUGCUAAAUGCGGAGAUGUUAAGAGGAUCAUCAUCGGCCUUGAUAAAGUCAAAAAAACUGCCUGUGGCUUCUGCUUUGUAGAAUAUUACACACGAGGAGAUGCAGAAAACGCCAUGCGCUUCGUUAAUGGCACACGGCUGGAUGAUCGCAUCAUCAGGACAGAUUGGGAUGCUGGCUUCAAAGAGGGCCGGCAGUACGGGCGAGGAAAGUCUGGAGGACAGGUGAGAGAUGAGUACAGGCAGGACUACGAUCCUGCCAGAGGAGGCUAUGGGAAGCUGGCGCAGCAACAGCGGAGCACAGAAGCUCGCAAUACUUUUUAGACCAAGUCUGAGUGUUUUGAUUGGACUUCAUACAGGACUGAAUUUAUUCCCUGAUGAUCAACAAAAAGCAGGCAGUGUCCAAAGAGAUCUAGGACUUGGAGAUGAACAGAGAAGGAAUAAAUCUUCUAUGAAUACCAUUUAUUUCAAUCUGAUAUCAUCAGUCAAAUCCAUUUGAAAUAGAAUGUUGUUGUUUUUCUUAACAAUUGAGACAUUUUGUUUAGGUGUAGUGAAUGUGCAUUACUGGGGUGGAGCUUUUAUUAACUCUUUUUUUUGUCACCAGUUAGUUACAAAACUAUUUUCUAAAAUUGUUUUAUGAUUCUUUUUGAGUGCAGUUAACAUUUUCUCUAAAUUGAAAAACCUGCAGCAUCUCACUCCUAUUUCUCUUAUUUGGAAUUAAAGAAAUAUAAAGGGUCAUACCAGACUUUUUUGUUCAGUAGAUAAUAAAUUAUCCAGUGAAUUAUUUUGAAGAAAUGUUUUUUUUCUGUUUCCUUUUUUAUUUUUUACCCUUCUGAUUGCAAUUCUCUAACAAAGUUAUAGCUUUGUUUAAUUGGGUGGGUUUUUUGUGUUUGUUUUUCUCUUGUGGUAAGAAUUCAAAAUGUUAAAUUUAUUUUGUCUCUGUAGACUUUUUAUACAAUAAACACAUUUAAUUAAACUG